AUGUCUUCCAACAAGAAAAAGAUAUGGAAAACCCUGUUCAUACUCAAUGCAGGCUGGGGGUGUAGCAGACCCAAGCUUUCCGACGCUUACGAACCAAAACCCAAAACCCCAAAACCGCCCCGAAAUCCAUCAAACGCCCCGAUCGAAGACGAUGAUCUCACAUCCACUUCCUUCUCUUUCAACAACAUCGACACCAUAUCAUCAUCGUCCAUCACCGAUCAUCUCAACUCCGAUUCCGAUUUACCCGAUCUCCAAACGUUUCCCAAACCAAACCUCGCCCGCCACUGCUAUAAAAUCGUCGACAGCAUCGCCGUGGUGAAGGAUUCCAACGACCCGUACAAUGAUUUUCGACAUUCCAUGCUUCAAAUGAUCGUGGAGAAACGAAUCUACUCCGAAGAUGAUCUCCAGGAGCUGCUUCGGUGCUUCUUGGAACUGAAUUCUCGGUGUCACCACCGUCUUAUCGUCGAGGCUUUCACAGAGAUCCGGGACCGGAUUGUUACCGUGGCGGAUCAGGAACCAUGCUUGGUUCAUGGUGGAGAGCUAGACAGAGAUCGCGGCAUGUGAAUACAUUCAAUUCGCACGU